AUGGAACAACAACGAUGUCCUUCUUCUUCUUCAAUGCAACCGCAUCAAGCCUUAGAGAGCUCUCUAUCGGAAAAGAAGGACGUUGAUCAUCAUCAUUCCGUACUCUCCACUUCGUACUCUCCAUCCAUCGUGAUGGCCUCCACAGGUAAGGAACAAGGACCAGCUUUGAAUCCAUCCACUAAUCAUCAUCCUCACGAUGAACACUCUUCAUCAUGGAUGGAAAUGGAAGAAGACCAACCACCCAUGAUCCUCUCAUUCAACACUUGCUCGUCAUGUGUUUCGCCAAUAACAACCAAUAACCAUGGAACAAGAACAACAGCACUCUUAACUCGUAGUAGUAGUAGUGGUAGCACCACUACUCCAAUGACCACUUGCUCCUCAACUUCCCUCAAUUCCCGAAUUCAAGCCUUACAACAAGAAAUUGCUCUUCAAAAUCAAAUCCUUCAAGAAACCGAACAUGAUAUGGAUUGGCUUCAACACAUGUUGCAAGCUGUGUGUCAUAAUAUUAUAUCAUUGAAACAUCGUCAAGAGUUGAAUGAAAGUCAAUGGCUAAGGACUCCUUCUUCCGGUUGCGGCGAUAGUCGUCAUGAUCUUCUCACCACCCCUUCUUGCAUGAAUACUAUUAGUCAAAAACACAAUAAUGAAAUAAGUAUGACAUGCAGCCAUGAAGAGAUGAAUGAUUCGAGUGAGAAGGAAGACACAUCAAACUCACACAUGACACGAGAGCAAAUUUACACACUUGUGAAUGAUAAAAUUGAAUGUAUUCAUAACGAAUGUCAAAAACUAGUGGCAGAGAGUAUACAAUCGACAAGUAAUGAAAUACAAUCUCACAGCACUGAAUGGAUGCGCCAAUUCAGAGAAUUGGAAUGCAAAAUGAUCUUUGAAAAAGAAGAAUGCAUGAAAUCACAACAAGAAUUAGAGAACAACAUGAUCGAGAAAAUUUCAGAUAUGGAUCACAAGAUUGAGGAUCUCUCAGAAAAUAACAAGGAUGUUAUGCGCUCAAUCACACAAAUAGCGCGUGACAUUGCAAGUCAUGAAUAUCGAAUCAAAAAGAUUUCACACCAACAGAACACCCCCUCUCUCUCUGGAACUGAAAAAAGGCCAAAAUCACACACGAUACAGCCAGCGAUGGGUGUUCUAACGUUCAGAGGAAUUUAUUGGAUGAUGGCUAUUGUGGUACUCCUGGUAGCAAUGAUCAUGAUAUAUCUUGUCAUGCAGAAUACAAAUCCUACCUAUUGA